AUGGCUUCCAAGUCCUUGGCUUCCACCGCUCUACUCCUCUCCCUCAACCUCCUCUUCUUCACUCUCGUCAGCUCCCAACCCGCAUCGCCGCCAACUACGCCCGCUCCCUCGCCGGUCGGAGGUUGUCCCCGACUGGGUGUCUGCGUCAAGUUACUGGACGACCUCGCGACGGUCCUCAUCGGGGGACCCACAAACAACCAAUGCUGCAGCCUCUUCCCCGGCACCGAGCUUGAUCUACAAGCCUCUUCCUGCCUUUGCGUCGCAAUUAGGGUCCAUGCCCUGGAGGUUCUUCAUAUCGGCGUUGAUGGUUCCCUGGGCAGGAUACUCAAUUACUGCGGCAAGACCACCCCACCUGACUUCCGAUGCCUUAAAGCUUAA